ACGGCGCGUGGACGCGGUGUCGCAAUACCGACGAAGGAGGAACAUAUGCGCGGUGCCCGGUAAAAUACGACAUAACCCAAAAUUAGGCGGCGCGAAGACACAGAAAGCGCGUUUAAGCCGCUGCGGGUAUAGUUUACCAGGCGCGAGAGGGGCACCCCCGUUUCCCAGCGUGCCUUGCGUCUCCCGCAAGGAGCGUCUGAGCGGCGAGCGCAUCUCCCUUUCUCUUCGUCUCCUUUAAGAACAAAACAUUUAGCCGUGUUUGUCUCGUGCUGCUCGUCUGCUGGUUCCGAGCUCGCGAGGAAGCACGAGGAGAGCCACCACGCGGACAGGGACCGGGCGGUCAGCGCUGAAAUGCCUCUGUUUGCGUCCAACCCGUUCGACCAGGAUGUGGAAAAAGCUACCAGUGAGAUGAACACAGCCGAGGACUGGGGCCUCAUAUUGGACAUCUGUGACAAAGUGGGACAGUCGCGUACAGGGCCUAAGGAAUGCCUUCGCUCUGUGAUGAGAAGAGUCAAUCACAAGGACCCUCACGUUGCUAUGCAAGCGCUGACACUGCUUGGAGCAUGCGUCUCAAACUGCGGUAAAAUUUUCCACCUAGAAGUUUGUUCCAGAGACUUUGCAAGUGAAGUCAGCAAUGUCUUAAACAAGGGUCACCCCAAAGUAUGCGAGAAGCUGAAGGCCCUCAUGGUGGAGUGGGCGGAGGAGUUCCGGAAUGAUCCGCAGCUCAGCCUGAUCUCGGCCAUGAUCAAGAACCUGAAGGAGCAGGGUGUCUCGUUCCCCACUGUAGGGUCACAGGCAGCGGAACAAGCUAAAGCAAGUCCUGCAUUAGUGGCUAAAGACCCCUCCACAACUGCGAACAAGAAAGAGGAGGAGGACUUGGCCAAAGCCAUUGAGUUGUCCUUGAAAGAACAGCGGCAACCCCAGGCCCCCAUCUCAAGCCUGUACCCCAGCACCUCCAGCUUGAUCUCCAACCAUAAAGUGGAGGGUCGUAAGGUCAGAGCCAUCUAUGACUUUGAGGCCGCCGAGGACAACGAGCUGACGUUCAAGUCUGGGGAGAUCAUCACCGUCCUGGACGACAGUGACCCUAACUGGUGGAAGGGGGAGACAUAUCAAGGGGUUGGUCUGUUCCCUUCAAACUUUGUAACGGCAGACCUCACCGCGGAGCCCGAGAUGAUAAAAACGGACAAGAAAACGGUGCAGUUUAGCGACGAGGUUCAGGUCGAGACCAUUGAACCUGAGCCUGAACCCGUGUAUAUCGAUGAGGAGAAAAUUGACCAGUUGUUGCAGAUGAUCCAGAGUGCUGACCCCACAGAUAAUCAACCCGAUGCCCCUGACCUCUUGCAGCUUGAAGGAGCCUGUACUCAGAUGGGCCCCCUUAUUGAUCUCAAGCUUGAAGAUAUUGACAGGAGGCACUCGGAGCUUUCAGAGCUGAACGUGAAGGUGAUGGAAGCACUCUCCCUGUACGCCAAGUUGAUGAACGAGGACCCAGUCUAUGCCAUGUAUGCCAAGCCACAAAGCCAGCAGUACUACGUUCCCUCAGGAUCGCCGCAGGUGUAUCCAGGACAGUCACAGAGCACUGUGUAUGCAGCAGGAGGAGGUGCACAGGGAUAUGCUGUGCCCCCCGAGCAGCUGCCCUCCCUCACUCAGCCAGGCCUCCCGCUGAGCUCUGGCCCCGCACUAGCUGGUCAGCCAGCGCCCAGCAUGAUGGGGACUGCUGGUCCCACCGGUGCUUACAUGGCCCAUCCUGGUGUGUACACCGCCUCACCCGCCGCUGCCGGAGCCCCCGGCGAGCCCCCGUCGUACGAGGCCUCGAUCAACGGACCGGUGGGCACGGCCCAGGCGCCCGGCUAUUCCGGGAACCCCCAAACCCUACCCCAGGCUGCAGAUGGCCAGCAGCCGCUGUACUCCCAGAAGGCCCUGCUUUAGGACUUUCCGGGACCCCCUCCGUGGUUAUGCAGUUUGGAUCAUCAGACCUCCACCUCCCAAGUUGCAUUUGUCGGGGGAGAGCUGCAUGGGGGGCUGCGGCCUACAGAAGUGGAACUGCAGGAUCGGAAGUGAACGCUACCUGACUGGUGUGAACUGGAGAAAGGGGUUACAUGUUCGUUUGUUCCGUUUUCCAUGAGGAUCACUAUUUAGUGGAAGACAUCUGACAACACUAGAAUAUUGUAGUACGUAACUGCUGCAAGAUUUUAGGAGAUUCUACUAAAGACUCAAUGCCAGUGUGGCUAAAUGAAAAAGUAAAAAAAAGAAAUGUACAUUUUUCAGAGAUGGGGUCUUGGUUUGUUUUUGGUCUUCGGCUGGUGAAUCUGGCCUGCCUGCCUCCAUGAUCACAUUAGCAUCUCUUUAAGCAGUGUUGAUUUAUUUCAGUGACUUUGUACAAGAAAUAGGUAUCUUGUUUUUGUAGUGCAUUUUAAUUUAUAAUUUCAUUGUUUUUACUAUUAUAAAAUUGUUUUUAAUACACAGCAGUGAGAAAGUUGUUUUAGGGGAAAAAUAAUAUUCCUCUUAAUUUACUUUUUAAAUUGAAGCUCUGCGAACACCUUACAAUUGCAUUUUUUUUGCAAACCGGUAAUUUCACUUAACUCCAGUGUUCGAUGUGGUGUGGGAAGGAUGUGAUGAGUUCGACAAACGUUUACCAAAAUCUGGCACUACCGCCUAGUCCGUGAUUUAUCUUUAUCUUUGAACACUACAAGGGGACCAGGGAUUGUCAGUCUUGCACCUUUGUUCAUCCUGUAGGGGAUGACUCUGGUUUCUGUAAUUGGUUCAUCUUAACAUAAAGACCCCCCCCCCCCCCGACCCCGCUACCCAUUUUUUGUGUUUUGGAGGUGAACGUAUUCCCGUUUCGCGAAGGGUUACGGUCUGGCCCUGUGCUUCGUGAAACACCCAAGGAGAACCGUCCGGAGAAGUGAGAGUUGACGUAUGAAAUUCAUUGCGUCGGACCUCCUGCGUAACUGGGAGAGAGUAGCUAUUUAACGAAUUUUUUUUCCCCCCCCUGCAUCUUUACUCUCUAACAACACUUACUUGGGCAUGUUGAUACCUCAGACCAUUUUCACUUAUGACCGUUGACAAAAAGGCACAGUUGGCUUGUAAUAAUGGGUUGAGUACAAUUUCUAUCCAACAGUGAUAAAAUCUCCCAGUAAUUAAAUAUCUAGCAAAUGCAUUUUUGUGGUUUUCAUUUGUGGAUGAUUUUAUUUAUAAAUUUUAGGAAGGAAAAUGCAGUUUCUGAUUUGAUACAAGAUGCCACUGACAAGAACAGGCUGAAAAGUUGGCGAAGCUUUUUAACCAGGAAAACUUUUGUAAAGGGGUAUAAGGGGCAGACUGUCCACCUUCGGUUGCACUCUAGCCAUCUCUUGUUUUUGCAUUCUCUCAUGACAAAGGUACAAGGAGAUAUGAGAGACCUUAACACUGGCAAGAAAUGGGUUUUUUUUGUUUGACGUUUAUUUUAAGCUUUGUUUUAGUGCCAAAGUUAAUUGCACUGUAAAACCACUUCUAGGUGCAUUUGUGUAAUUUCAAAAAGUUUUCAUGGAAAAAUUUACAAUUAAUAGUGGAUGUGGCUGGAAAAUAGUGCGAGGUGUCAGCAGGCCCAAAUAAGGCUUUUGAAGUGUGUAGAUGUGUGGGCAAGAAAGUCUUCUCUAAGCUCAAGUCGUUCAAGCACAAAACGCACAAGUCCUCUGCCUGUUUCGUUUCGUAUUCCGACCACAAAAAGUGCUGGCAAAAUGUAUGCGAGUGCUUCAUAGAGUCCCAGGGAGGCAGAUGAGGCGAGCUGCUCGUGCUCCACUAAGACCAUCAGAACUAGAACUUGCCAGAAUAUACGAUGUCCAUGUCUGGAGCCUUAUGUUUUGGAGUAGUUGUUGAGUAAGGACAUGGCCAGUGGUCCUUAACAUUGAGGCCAGUUUCAUACAGCUGCCUGUUUGCAUGCUUUAUUUGCACCUUUUUAUCAAACUUUCUCAGCAACACCUAGGCAAAGCUAAAUGCAAACGGACCCGGGACGGUGCCCUGAGUCACGUUUCCCGUGUCGCGUUGCGCAAUUAAACACUACUGUAACUGAAGCUCCAGCACUUUCUUUAUCAAUUUUUACUGUGUUAAGGGAAAGCUGCACGCUGUCAAGCAACACUACUAAACUGGCGUGAGAUGAAGGUGUGAAGGAGUCCGUGAAGGAUGAUUGGGUCAAUACACGCGUGAGGUGUACAUGAGGUGGCUGCAUCUUCAUACCCAGCCCAGCACCUCCGUGGUUUUAUUCCAUACUUGGCUCGUUUGCAACAGCGGAUCAAUCAGUUAACCACAGUCUUUUGAAGGAUACCUUUAUGACAUGAAGCUCAGUGUGUUGUUCCUGUGAGAAGAUAACCUUUUAUUUGUAGCAACUCUUUGGCAUUACUAUAUGUUUAAUUCCUGAUGGCUGAUGAGGGGUUUUUUUUUUUUUUUUUUUUUUUUUU